UUUUUUAAAUAGGGUACCCAAAGCAGAGAACCACAGCACCUCGAAAUGGGUUUGCCCCCAAGCCCGACGUGCAAGCCCGGGAGGCUGAGCGACAGCUGGUCCAGCGGCUGAAGGACAGGUGUGAGCGGCAGGCCAGGCAGCUCGGCCUCAUGCAGGGCGAGCUGAGGAGGGCGAUCUGUGGCUUCGAUGUGCUGGCUGUGGCCACUCAGCAUUUCUUUGGAAAGAAUGAAAGUGCCCUUGUGAAAGAAAAAGAGCUGUCAAUCGAACUUGCAAACAUCAGGGAUGAAGUUGCCUUCAACACGGCCAAGUGUGAGAAGCUGCAGAAGGAGAAGGAGGAGCUGGAGCGGCGCUUCGAGGAGGAGCUGAGGAGGCUGGGCUGGCAGCAGCAGGCUGAGCUGCAGGAGCUGCAGGAGCGGCUGCAGCUGCAGUUCGAAGUGGAGACGGCGCGUCUGCAGGAGGAGCAUCAAGGCCAGCUGCUGCGCAUCAGGUGCCAGCACCAGGAGCAGGUGGAAGACAUCACCGCCAGCCACGAGGCUGCUCUCCUAGAGAUGGAAAAUAACCACACGGUUGCCAUCGCCAUCCUGCAGGAUGACCAUGACCACAAAGUCCAAGAACUGAUGUCUACCCAUGAAGUUGAAAAGAAAGAAUUGGAAGAAAAUUUUGAAAAACUGCGACUGUCAUUACAGGACCAGGUGGACACGUUGACCUUCCAGAGCCAGUCUCUGCGGGACCGAGCCCAACGCUUCGAGGAGGCUUUGAGGAAGAACACGGAGGAGCAGCUGGAGAUUGCCCUGGCCCCUUAUCAGCACUUGGAAGAAGAUAUGAAGAGUCUCAAGCAGGUGUUAGACAUGAAAAAUCAGCAAAUACACCAGCAGGAAAAGAAGAUUAUUGAGCUGGAAAAGCUGGCUGAAAAGAACAUUAUCCUGGAAGAAAAGAUCCAAGUCCUCCAGCAGCAGAAUGAAGACCUCAAAGCAAGGAUUGACCAGAACACAGUUGUCACUAGACAACUGUCAGAGGAAAAUGCUAAUCUCCAGGAAUAUGUGGAGAAAGAAACCCAGGAGAAGAAGAGAUUGAGCCGAACUAACGAAGAGCUGCUUUGGAAGCUCCAAACUGGGGACCCAACCAGCCCAAUUAAACUAUCCCCCACGUCCCCCAUUUACCGCGGCUCCUCCUCGGGACCCUCCUCUCCAGCCAGAGUCAGCACCACGCCCAGAUGACGUCACCAUGCAGCCUAUAGGAGCUCCGGCUUCUGUCCACCAAGAGAGUGCUGGCCAGGUGCUGGCCCAGCUGGCCUGUGCGCAUGCUCAGUAGCUGCAUAAUGCAUCCUAGGCAGCGUCCUCUUCUGUCCCCUAUGUAAGACUGUCCUGGUAUUAGGAAGGUGUAAACAGUAGAGUCUGAUGUGCAAAAGUGUUUUAAUCAUAGUUAGAGCCAAAAGAAAGACAAGUCCAAUUAUUCUUGAGCAAUGACCUUCCACUGCAGAAUUUCAGGUUCGUCACAAAUAGCUCAGUUUUGGAUAUACUGAAUAAUCAUUAUGUACUGCACCGAUACGUGUGUAUAUUCAGAUAUACAUAGAUACACAAUCGGUGGUUCUGAAUUGCAUUUUUUAUAAUGUGAUAUGCUGACGUAUUUUAGUGAAGGUCAGCAGUUUUCUAACUUGUGCCUAAGAAUUAUUGGGAAACAAAAAUGCAUUUCUAUCUAGCCUCCCAGGAAUAUUUCUACCCAAAAUAGAAAAAGG